AUGAAACAUCAUAUAACAAUUGAAAAAAUCAUUGAAACUGUGAUCGUGUCUUAUAUUUUGCGCCUUCCCGGCAUGAUCGAUCACUUAUAUGAUAAAGAAGUGGAGAUGAAGACGAAUGUACAUACAUAUAUAAUCACCAUGUCAUCAUCACCAUCGUUCACUUAUUUGGAAGAAAAUAUGCAGGAAGCCCAAGACCAUAUCGACAUGCUCUCUACCCACAGUAUUCAGAACAUGGCUGAUUGCCAGACUUGCGCACUUUCUGAUCGAGACUCGGAUUUGACACACAUGAUGCGGGAAAUUGACGAAGAUUGUUCGAGAGUUCUUAUUGAUAGUCUCAACAACCAAGUUGACAGCUACACUUGGACAUCAAGUUAA